AUGGCGCUGGUGCCAUUUUGCUUGGCGGCGAUCUUGGAAGAGCCAAGUCCCAUGGCGCUCAAAAGCAUCCCGAAGCGCGAUGUGCAGAAGAUCUGCAGCGGGCAGUCGGUCGUUGACCUCGCGACGGCCGUCAAGGAGCUCGUCGAGAACGCGCUGGACGCUGGCGCGACCCACAUCGAGGUCAAGCUCAAGGAGUACGGCCAAGUCGGCUUCGAGGUGAGCGACAACGGCAAGGGCGUGCCAGCCGCCGACCACGAAGCGCUGGCGCUCAAGCACUACACGUCCAAGAUCUCGGCCUUCGAAGACCUCGAGUCCAUCGCGUCGUUUGGCUUUCGCGGCGAGGCGCUGAGCUCCAUUUGCCAGCUCGCCAGCGCCUUCUCGGUGCUGACACGCACCAAGGACGAUGAGCUUGGCACGCUUCUCUCGUACGACCACACUGGCGCCCUCGUCUCGUCCGUCAAGAAAGCGCGCCCCGUGGGCACGACCGUCAUCGUCGAAGACCUCUUCAAGCCACUUGCCGUGCGCCACAAGGACUUUGUCAAAAACAUCAAGCGCCAUUACAGCAAGCUGCUCAAGACACUGCAGGGAUACGCCAUCAUCACGGCCAACAUCCAGCUCUCGGUCAUCAACUUUGCGGGCAAGAACAACGCGCGGCAAGCCAUUCUAUCGACGCAAAAGAACGCGGGCAUGGGCGAAAACUUGGCCAACAUCUAUGGCACCAAGUUUUUCAAAAGCCUCUUGCCGGUUCAAAAGCGUGUGAGUAUCGGCAGCGAGACCGCGACGAUCACGGGCUUUGUCUCGCGUGUUGGCGACGGCGUCGGUCGCAGCGACAACGACCGGCAGUUCUUCUACGUCAACGGACGGCCCGUCGACCUCUCGACCGCAACCAAAACUGUCAACGAAGCGUGGCGGCAGUUUGAAAUGAAGCACAAGCCCGCGUGCUUCAUCGACUUUGGGCUACCAAACGGCUGCUUUGACGUCAACGUGACGCCCGACAAGCGCGAGACAUUCAUCAAAGAGGAAGUCGCAGUGAUGGAAGCGCUCCGAGAAGAGCUCCUCGCUCUGUACGAGCCAACGCGCGGCACGUUCCACGUGCAGUCUCUCCUCUCGAGUGCGUCCCAGGCCCCUUCGUUUACCGCGCCCAAGCCGGCGCAGAAGCAGGACGAUUCCGCACCAGAGAUCGAAAGCAAAAAGCGCGCAAGAGAGAUCAGUCCAACGCCGUCUCAUUGCGCCAAUGUUGAAACACAACCCUUGACGAACGUCAACUCGGACGCGCUGUCGUCGACGACGGUUGUGAUCCACCAUGUCGAUGGGAGUGGCGACGACGACGACGACGAUCAGCCCUUGACGCGAGCAAAGAAGAUCAAGUUGAGUUCGCAACAGCUGCACGACGACUCGGACAGCGAGGCGCAAGCAGCACCGGUCUUUACAAGCCCUCCGCCAAAGGCGCCGGUGCCGGCAAAGUUCUCGCUCUUGACGACGCCAACGUCUGCCAAGCCGCCGCGCCGUGAAAGCACCGGCGGUCGCCCGACGCCGACGCAGUCCCCCGCUGCGACACCGCCGACGAAGCCCACGCGCCGAGAGUCGUUGCCACUCAAGCCGUUUCCGCCGUGUGUUGGUCGCAUGUCGAUGGCCGACAUCCGCGCCCAACGCCAGCGCUAUUUCCAGCGACAGAGCGAGCUCGCGGCGCUUGCUUACACUGGUGAUGGCGUCAGCAGCAUCGAGAGCGAAGACGAAAUUGCGGCCACGGCACGCCUCCAGCGAACACUGACCAAGGACGACUUUUUGCGCAUGGACGUUGUGGGGCAGUUCAACUUGGGUUUCAUCAUUGCGCGUUGCGGCCGCGAUCUGUACAUCAUCGACCAGCACGCGAGCGACGAAAAAUUCCGGUUCGAGACGCUGCAAAAGUCCACCGUUCUGCACCAGCAACCGCUGGUCCGACCGCUGCGCCUCGAGGUGACAGCCGUCGAAGAGAUGACGAUCCUCGAGCACAUGGCGAUCUUUGAGAAGCAAGGCUUUCACUUCUCUGUGCACCACGAGGCACCCGUGACGCAGAAGCUGCACCUCACGGCGCUUCCGUUCAGCAAGCACACGACGUUUGGCCUCGCAGACGUUCGGGAGCUGGCGUCGCUCUUGAUGGAGGCCCCGCACCAAGCGCAGACGCUGCGCCUGCCUAAAGUCACGUCCAUGUUUGCCUCGCGCGCGUGCCGAAGCGCUGUUAUGAUUGGGACCGCGCUGCACAAGGAAGAGAUGCUCAAGAUUGUGACGCAACUCGCGGUGCUGGACCAGCCAUGGAACUGUCCCCACGGGCGCCCCACAAUGCGCCACUUGGUCGACCUCAACAGUCUCGAAACGUAGGUCGAAAAGUUGUAGUAAUACGUGGAAUUCUGAAGUGCAUAAGCACGGACCUCGCUGCUGGUGGCAUUGCCACGAUCGUUUCGAUCGACAGCUUUCAGAACCAGCGACGACAGCUAAUAGUAGCUGUCGCUGUCG